GUUUUUCCUUGUGGUUAUGUUUUUUUCUAAAAAACAAUAAUGAAGGUAAGGCUCAAGAGCCCGAUAAAUUUUCUCAUUUUAUUUGGAUUAGUGAAAAUUGUAGUUGCAGAAGAAAAGAAACAAAAUUUGGAACCUUAUAUAGAAGAAAUAAAUCCAAACCUAUCUGAAACUUCCGUUACUGCUACAAAUGGAGCUGAAACUGAAAAACCAGCUAUUCAACGUAAAGUAUUUAAUAUUACUUUUAUUCCCAGAAACACAGCUAUUCCUACAUCCACACCAAACAAAACUAUUGUAAAAAUAAAAUCUAACAAAAAUGUAAACAAUACUUUACAAAAUAGAGCAAUUCAGAAUAGAAAUGACAGUCAUAGUAAGGCAGCAACCACCUCUAAGCAAGAUGGAACCAGUAUUUUAGAUACUAGCAUGUUUCCAUUCAAGAAUGAAGCUGAACAGAAUCUUAAAGAAAUCCCUGAAGAUGGCAGAUCCAAUCAGUUAGAAAGCAGCACAGUUGGAUCCAAAUAUGAAAUUUCAAAUAAAGAAGAACCUAGUGCAAUGAAAAGCAGAUCAAACAGAAAUUUGGAAAGAAGUCUAGUUUCAAUCAAAGAAAAAGAAGAACCAACCCCUAAAGAAAGCCAAUCGGGUCAGUUAGAAAAAAGCAUUAUUUUAGCUGCCAAUAAACAUGAUAGGCAGGUAGAAUCAAUUUUAAAAGACAGUAAAAACAGUUCAGUACAGGGAAAUAUAGUUCUAGCUGAGAAUAAACCCCAAGAAAAGAUAGAAUCAAACUCAAUAGUAAGAGGAAUUAAUAAUUUUAAAGCUAUGACACAAUCAGAACCUUUAUUUAUUAUGGGCACAGAUAAAGCAACUUAUGGUGAUACUGAAAGUAAGUCAUUAGGAGAUAAUAGAGUGUCAGAAAAAUCCAAAGAAGGUGCUGAUAUAGACGAGGAAGAUGCUAAAAAUAAAAAAAUUGUCGAUGCACUAUUAAAAUCGAACAGCUUUGUUAAACAAAUGUCUAAUUUGCUCAGGCAAAUGGUGUUAAGUGCACAUUUAGACCCGGUUACUCCAGACAACAAAACUAGUACAUCUUGUAUUCAAACAGAAAACAUAACCAUUAUUCAAACAGGUAGCAAACAGGACACAACCCAGCUGAAAGAAGAAAAUAAAAAAUUAGAAACACAUUUAAUGUAUCUUAAAGAAAACGUGGCGAAAUUGGAAAAUCAAUUGGAAGAUUUCAAAAAUCGUUUGAUCUCAUUAGAAAACAACUUAUUUAAUGGUAAACAAAAUAAGGAAGAUUUUGAUAAAAACGUCUUGAGAUUAUUUAAGGAACAGAAUUUGAAGAUACUAAAAGACAACGAAAAUUUAAAAAAUAAAAUUAAAAUACUGGAAUUGAACAUAACAAACCAAGAACUAAAAUUCAAAUUAUCAAUAAAGAAUCAGUCAGAGGAAAAUCAAAAACACAUUGACCAAAUAAAUAAUAAACUUAAAUCAAUCGAAGAUUCAUUGACUGAAACCGCUAAAAAAGACAUUAAACAUCCAAUAGUAAAUGGUAUCAAAAUACCUAAUGAAUAUGUCGAAACUCUUAUUACAAAAACUGUUACAGACACUUUAAAAAACCUUUUCAAUGGAAUAAAAAAUUAUAUAGAGAAUAGCGAACUAUUUACAAACGAAAAUAUUGAAGAUGCUUACAAAAUAUAUGAUUCCAGUUCAGAAGAGGCUACACCAAAUUGGUAUGUAAAAUGGACAAAAGAGUUUGAUAAACAUAAUCCGUCUUCUGGGCAUAGAUGGAAUAAGGGAGAUACCAGAACGUCUGAUAUUAUUGGCAAAUAUACAAAUAUUGGAGAGACCAAAAACCUAAAUGUUACAUCUAAAAACGUUGAUUAUGUAGAUCCAAGUAAAACAAAUCGAAAUUCAGAGCUCGAAGUAACACAUUCCAGCACUAAAAUUGAUGAUGAGCUUGCAACUAUGAAUAAUACUAGCAAUGAAAAUAGUGAUAGUAAAAAAAGCACUAAAAAGGAAAUUAAGUACGAACAUAGUCAUGCCUUAAAUGAACGUAAUAAAGACGAUGGUAAAGUUACAAUUAUUAAUUCUGAUAAAGAAACUUCUGUUGAAAAUAGAAUGAAUAAUAGUAAAAAACAAGAAAGUACUUAUAAAGCAAAUAACGAAAAUAAUACAGAAAACAAUUCAGAAAAACUAAAUCACCCUAAUAAAAACAAUAUUGAAAGGUAUCAAAACAACAAUAAAGAAAUAAAGAAAAAUGAUACGAAAAAAAAAAGUGAUAAUAGAGGGUUCAUUGACAGGAACCCUAAAAAAAUGAGUCACUCUCACGAUAGAGUUAAAACUCAGGUUUCAAGUCAAAAUAAUAAAGAAAAUGUAAGUCAAAAUAAAAAUACAUUAGAAACAAACAUUGAUUCUGACAAAAUGAAAAACUCUCCCAAUAGAGACAAUAAUUCAAAUAAAAAAAUAAAAGGAAAUAUUGGCCAUAGUAAGGAAAAUUUUAAAAUACCAAACACGGACCCUGCAAAAAUAGAAAAUUAUCACGAGAGAGACAAAAAUAAGGAUACAAGUGACAAAAAUGAGAAUACAAGUCAAAAAAUUAAAGAAAUUGAAAGUCAGUAUAAAGAUAAAUUGAAACUAUCCAAUAUGGACUCGGAAAAACUGGAAGCGUUUUACGAUAGAGACAAAAAUAAAGAAACACAUCAAAAAAAUAAUGAUAAAAUAAAUAUAUCGAUUACAGACUCUGAAAAACUGGAAAACACUCAUAAAUACAAUAAUGACUCAAGUCAAAAAAAUAAAGAAAAUGUAGAUCUCAAUAAAAAUAUUUUAAAAAAACCAAGCACGGACCCUGUGAAAAUCGAAACUUCUCAUAACAGAGACAAAAAUAAGGAAGCAAGUCAAACAAAUAAGGAACAUGUAAAUCACAAUAGAGAUAAAUUAAAAGUACCAAACACUGAUGUUAAAAAAACGAAAAACUCUUCUAAUGCAGACAAAAAUAAGGAUACAAGUCAAAAAAAUAAGGAACAUGCAAAUCACAAUAAAGAUAAAUUAAAAAUACCAAACAUCGAUCCUGAAAAAACAGAUAACUCUUCCAAUAGGGACAAAACUAAGAAUAUAAGUCCAAAUAUUAAAGAAAAUGUAAGUCGCCAUAAAGACAAAUUUAAAAUAUUAAAUACGGACCCUGAAAAUCUGGAAAACUCUCACAAUAGAGAUAAAAAUAAGGAUAAAAGUCAUAAGAAUGAAGAAAAUAUAGAUCACUAUAUAGAUAAAUUUAAAAUACCAAACAUGGACCCUGAUAAAAUGGAAACUCUUUACAAUAAAGAUAAAAAUGAAGAUAUAAGACAUAAAAAUAAAGAAAAUAUAGAUCACUAUAUAGAUAAAUUUAAAAUACCAAACAUGGACCCUGAUAAAAUAAAAACUCCUCUCAAUAAAAAUAAAAAUGAAGAUACAAGACAUAAAAAUAAAGAAAAUAUAAGUCGCGAUGAAGAUGACUUAAAAAUAAUAAACAAAAAUCAUGAAAAAACGAAAAACUCUCACCAUAGAGACACAAAUAAGGAUAGAAGUCAAAACAAUGAAGAAAAUGAAAGUGACAUUAUAGAUAAAUUAAACAUACCGAACACGGACCUUGAAAAAUUGGAAAACUCUCACGAUGGAGACAAAAGUAAGAAUACAAGUCAAAAAAACAAGGAACAUGCAAAUCACAAUAAAGAUAAAUUAAAAAUACCAAACAUUGAUCCUGAAAAAACGGAUAACUCUCCCAAUAGUGACAAAACUAAGAAUAAAAGUCCAAACAAUAAAGAAAAUGUAAGUCGCCAUAAAGAUAAAUUUAAAAUAUUAAACACGGACCCUGAAAAUAUGAAACACUCUCACAAUAGAAAUAAAAAUAAGGGUAAAAGUCAUAAGAAUGAAGAAAAUAUAGAUCACUACAUAGAUAAAUUUAAAAUACCAAACAUGGACCCUGAUAAAAUAAUAACUCCCCACAAUAAAAAUAAAAAUGAAGAUACAAGACAUAAAAACAAAGAAAAUAUAAGUCGCGAUGAAGAUAACUUAAAAAUAAUAAACAAGGAUCAUGAAAAAACGGAAAACUCUCACCAUAGAGACAAAAAUAAGGAUAGAAGUCCAAACGAUAAAGAAAAUGAAAGUGACAUUAUGGAUAAAUUAAACAUACCGAACAAGAACCAUGAAAAAUUGGAAAACUCUUAUGAUAGAGACAAAAAUAAGGUUACAAGUCAAAAAAAUAAAGAAAAUGUAGGUCAUAAUAAAAAUAAAUUAAAAAUAUCAAGCAAGAACCCUGAAACAGUUGACCAUUCUUACGAUAAAGACAAUAAUAGGCACGCAAGUCAAAAAAAUAAAGAAAGUGUGAGUCAAAAUAAAGAUAAAUUAAAAAUAACAAACAACAAUCAUGAAAGCAAGAAAAACUCUCACGAAAGAGAAACAAAUAAGGUCAAAAACCAAAAAGAUAUAAAUAAUGAACAAGAUAAAAGUAAAGUUUUGAACAUAAAGCCUGAAAAAAUUGAACAUCGUCACGAUAAAAGUAGAAAAGAUAAUAAAAACCACACAAAUACAAAAAAUGUAAGUGAUGGAGACAUGAUCCCUGAAACAACAGAACAAUUUUACGAUAAAAACAAAAAUAAGCCUAAUGAGCAUAUUGAACACGAGAAUACGUUCCCAACUUCAGAACCAGAACAUAUUGAAUAUGAUCAUGACAAAAACAAAAUUCAUGAUAAACACAAUGAAGGUAAAGAAACUGUAGACGAUAAUGAUACUAAUAAAGUUUUGAAUAUAAAUCCAGUAAAAAGCGAUUAUUUUCCUGAUGAAACCAAAAAUAUAAAAUAUAAAACUUCAGAGCCUGAAAAACACGAACACUCUCAAGAUACUGCCAAAAAUGACAAUAACAAUAAAGAUAAUAUUACUUUAGACCCAAAAAAACUGGAAAAAAUUCACAAAAACAAACAUAUGAAGAACAAAACAGAUAAAGAAAAUAUGAGUAACAGAGUAGAAAAAAGUGAACUCACGGAAAAAAUUGAACCCUAUAGCGAUAGAUACAAAACUAAGAAUAUAAAUCAUAUUAAUAGUGUAAAUGACGAUAAUAAUGAAACGAAACUUCCAAACAGUAACGAUACUGAAAUAUCUGAUGAUGAAAACAACAAAACGAUAAAAAUUUCUUCAGAUACUGGAAGCAGUUUAAGCAAUAAAAAUGUAUUAAAAACAUAUCCUCCCAUAAUAGAACAGCUUAAAAUGCGAAACGAUGAAACUGGAAAUAUUAAAUUGGAAAAAAGGGAAGGUGAUGAGUGGUCACACAUAACGAAUAUUGAUAAUAAUCAUUCUAGAGAACAUAACGAGAAUAAUAUUCCACUUAUAAGAUAUAAUUUAGAUAACACUUACUCUAGAAUUCAAAAAUACAAUCCUCAAAUAAAAAAAUAUAAUAUAAAACCAGAAAAAUCGAAUAUAUAUCACGCAGACCCCAGCGGAGAUGAAUUCCCUUACAUAAGCGAGGAUGAUGAUACAAAUUUAGAUAAUAUCUAUUUCAUGAAUCAAUAUUAUAAGAGUCAACUUGAACACAAAAAUUUGGAUAACGGACCGCAAAAUACAAAUAUUGGAUUUAAUCAUCAUAACGAACCCAAUGAAAAUGGUCUUCCUUACCAAAAUGAACCUGGAUAUAGAAAUCCAUAUAAUAGGCUGAAAAAUACAAAUAUUAGAAAAACUGAUCAUAAAAAACCCAAUUGGAGUGGUUCUAAAAAUAUCACACCAAAUAGACCUUCGAAUCCAAGUGACACAAAUUUCAGAAAUCAUUCUAAAGAAAUUAAUGAAAAUAAAAAAGGACAUACGAAUUUUGGCAAUCUAAAUAUUAUUAAUAAAAAAUAUAUUCCUAAAAGCAUUAACAGUAAUAUUGGAAUUAAUCAUUACAAAGAAAUCACUACAGAUAGUUUUCCAGGCAAUCUAAAUUUUAUGAAUAAAAAAUACGUACCUCAAAUACCAAAACACAAUAUUAUCGGCAUGAAUCAUUAUAAAGAAUCUACUGUGCGUGUUUCUCCUUCUAUGAGAGGACAUGCCCAUAAAAAUUCAGACGUGAUCAAUUCUGGGAAUAAAAAUUACAUACCUCUAAAAAAUAAAAAUCAUACUCAUAUAAGAGGCAGCAAAGAUUUUAAUAAUAUAGAAAAUUUUACUACCAAAGUCGUAGUCAUUAAUACAAAUCCUACAGUUCCGGAAACUGAUACGGACAGUGCUACGGAAAAUACUUCCGAAAUAAGUGGCAUUAAAGAUAUGGAAAAUCUUAAAAAGAACAGAAACUUCAAUGAAUCUAAUGACAAAGAUAAUGAUACAAAUCUUACAGCUUCUUUAACUGAAAAGAAUCCAGAUAAGGAAAACUAUUCAGAUAUCAAAGGAUUUAAAGACUUUAUUGAUAAAGAAAAUGAUAGUAAAGAAGAAGUAAUAAAUAUAGAUGAGGAAUCGAAUGUAAAUGACGUUAAAAAGGUUGAUAAUCUACGGUUUGACAAAUCGAUGACCUUUGGUGAUUUUAUUAGAAAUAGAAAUACAAAUAAUAUCGAUUAUAUUAAGGAAAACAAUAAAAGUAUUGAGAAUGAUCCAUUUAUGCAAAAUAAUAAUCCCAAACAAAUUAAAUUUUAUGAUAUGGUUUUAAAAUCUCUACAUCCUAAUACAAAUCGAGUUAUCAUGAAAACUAACAUAAUUGGAAAUAAUUAUAAAGACAAGAAAAAAUACAUCAACAAGAAUGCCAACAAUAAUCCCCUUGAACAAAAUAAAGACGUUUAUGAUGAAUAUGAUACUAAAGAAGUUGAUAAUAAUUAUAAUGAUGAGUAUUUUGGUAAAACCUUAAAUCACGAUAACUUUAAUUCUAAACAAAGCAAUGAAUUCAAAAAAUAUAUUGCUCAUGCCUAUAAGAAGCCUAAAUUAUUAGAUCAGGAUUAUUUUAUUAAAAGCACGAAUAAGAACCUUGGUAAGGAACAUAUGAUAACCAAUGGUUAUGGGAAAUAUGGAACUGGUGAUAAUCAUGCUGCUAGCAAAAUUAUAAGGCCAAAACCAAAUAGUAUUAUAAAAUAUAAUCGUGAUUACGAUAAUACAGACAUUAAUAAGAACUUUGAUAAUAUCGUGGGUCAAAAUUCUGAAAAGAAACAGCACAAGGCCGAGAAAUACAAAAUAGAUAUAGCUAGUAGUGCUAAAAAACUUAAAAAACCAAUUUAUAACUCCGAAAACGCACAACAACUCAUUGAUGAAAUUGGUAGGGAAUAUGACAUUUCUUCUGAUGAAUAUAAUGACAGUGAUAUUUUUCCUGAAGAAUAUGUCACCUCUUCUGCUGAAUACGAUGAACUGUCUUCCUUUGGUGAUGAAAGCGAUGAAAAACCAAUAAUUCAAUCAAAACACGGCCACAAAAACAGCAAAGGGAGACAUAAAAAGAAGAAAAAUAAACGGCGAAAACAUGGCAAAAAUAAAAAAAAGAUUAAAAAUUUACUAUCAAGUGUACCUCAAGUGGUACCAGAUAUAAGCCCAUCUAAUAAUGAAUCAACUAACAAUCAUCAAAAAGAUUCAGAAAAAUAUGACCUAAUAGGAGAUAAAAUAACAACGGAACAUAAAAGAUACAAAAGGCAAGAAAACAAAGAAGAUUACAUACCUAUUAUAGAGGCUGAAGAUUACGAUUAUUUUACUCAAAAUAUUAAAAAUCUGGCAAUGGAAUCUGAAGAUUACAAUGUACAGAAUACAGAAAUAAAUAAUAGAGAAAGAUCAACAAUCGCUACAAAAUCUAAAAUUGACGUAAGAAACAAAAAAAAUAAUCGAAAAUUAUCUAGAAAAAAAGCCGUAAUUGCUGUCUAUGACGAUAAUGAUGACAAUGAAGAUAAUACAAGUAGUAACGAUUCUAUAAUACAACAAGACGUAAGUACUAUCAGAAUAGAGCCAGAAGAUUAUGAGGAUUAUAGUGCACAUAAAAUACAAACUCCUAAAAAGAGAAUCGAAAACCACAGAAUCAAACUCGAACCAAAAUCAAAAAUAAAACGUAAAUUUAUAAAAGUAGAUGACGAAUAUAGUAAAAAUAACUCACCAACUUUAGGUACGAAUAAAACAGAGUUAUUAGUAAAUACAAGUAUAAAAAUUACGAAUAAAGGAAAACAAAUAAAUGAAGAUAAAUUGCUACAAAAACCUUCAUUUAGUUCUUCAAUUUUAAAAGAAGAAGAAGAAGACACACGCCAACAAGUUGAGAAACCAUUAGUUUCCGAAACUAUAUAUUUAAAAAUAAAUAACAAUCAAGCAGGUAAUACACAAUUAGAAAAACCUGUAAGCCACAAGCUACAAAGUACAAAUGAAAGCGGAGAAGAAAUAGAAGAAAAUCCUGUACAAAUAGAAGCUACUACAUCUAGAGCACCAAUUUUGAGGGACAAUAAUUAUGCUAAAAGUAAAUUUAAAAUAACAGACUAUCAAAAACAUGAUCCAAAGAUAAGAUAUCGAGAACUAGAGAGUACCAGUAACAUUGAAAAUUCUGUAGCUGUACCUGCAACACUACCCGAAGUGACAGCAAGCAACAGUCUUGUGAGAACACCAAAAGCAAUGACAAAUUUUUCAUCUGAAGAAAUUCAAAGAUCAUUUAAAGUUCCGACAGAAAAUGUACUUCACACAAAAUCUAAUAACACUAAAGCUUUGACACCAAUUUUGUUAACUUUACCAGAAAUAGAAACAGAAAAAGAAAUAAUAGGAAAUCAAACAUCAAAAUCAAGAAGUUUUCUUUCACAAGGUACCCUCAUAUCUACAACAGAACAUAUUAAAUUUUUAACAACAGAAAAUGUGUUGAAAGGUUUAUAUGAAACAGAAAAAUUAUCAAACGCACCACUUAUUACAGAAGGUAAAAUUAACGUAUUUAAUUCUAGACCUCUAGUUAUAGAUAUUAGAAAAUAUCAACAAGAUAAAGGAACAACAAAUAAUCAAGUAUUAGAACAUCCUGUAAAGCAACAUUCUAAUGACAGUAACUCUAAUGUAUUUAAUGCUAAUACCAUAAGUCUAUCAGAAGUAGAGUCAAGUGACAAACUCACCGAACUAUCAGAAAUGAAAACAAAAAUGUCUUCUCUAAACAAAGAAGUAAAUUCACGUACUCUUAAAGCUGAUGGAGUUGAAACAAAAUCAGCUCCGGAACUAAGUACAAAAAAUCAAAAUAAAGAAUCUGAUAGGAUUAGUAGCUCUAAUGUUACCAUAGAAUCAAAUCUGCAAGAUCGAACAGAAGAUCAAAGAUACAAAUUUAAAACAGACUGUGAACAAGACGAUAUAACUUCAAACUAUCCAGUACUAGAAAAACCAGUGGUUCAAAAAUGCAAUAGCAUUAAAAAAAUUGGAAUCACCGAAGCUGUUACACCAACAACUGCAGAAUUAGCUUCAAGAGCGGAUUCGCAAGAAACAUAUACAACUCCAAAGAUGAUGAAAAAACGAAAUCAUUCGAUAAUAUCUGAAGAUGUAAAAAAUGACACAGAAAAAAAUCUGAGCCGCCAGAAUGUAUCCCAAUUCUUUAGACUACAAAAAGUGACACCAAAAACAGAUUACGAAGAGCUCUCUCAAUCCCAUAAUAAUAAAACGCAAAGUAUUAGUUUAAAAGCAUCUCAAUUACCAACAACAAAAACAUAUGUAAACGGAGAAAUUAAUAAAGAAAUAGAAGAAAGCACAAACGGUAUUCGAUCUGCAGAAAUUUUACAAUUUAAAUCAGAAUUGAAUCACGGGAAUAAUGAUUUUAAAACAAAAAGUAAAAAUUUAAGUCAAAUACCUAUCACUGCAGAAAAAGAAAAAUAUGAAAAAUUUGGACAAGCAGAGUCUCAAAUUUUUGAGAUACAAGAUGGAUUAAAGCCAACUUCGGUAGUAGAAGAAGAUGAAAUUGAAAAUGUAGAACAUAUGGGAGAUCAAGAAACAAAAGAAAUAUUAAACAAAACCUACUUGACUAACGUAUUAAAAAAAGACCAAAUUAGAACAAGAUCCCAAGCAACACCAAAGAAUAUUCUUCAAAUUAACCACGUUCCGCUUUCUAAAAAAAUAUCUAUGACUCCAGAUAUAAACAAAAGUGAAGAAAAUAAAGAAACAUCAUUGGGAGAAAAGCAUACCAGGAAGGCUAAAUAUUUUACUAAAUCUGGCCAAAAAUUUAAUUCUUUUUCUCCAAAAUAUACUGGAAGAAUAUCAUCAAGGCAAAGUUACAGAUCUGUUGGAGAUACGAGUAGAAUAAAUGAAAGAAGUAGACAUAAUAGAAAGGAAAAUGGUCUACCUUUAAAAAGAUUUUACGGAGGAAGCACCUCAGAACGCAAAAAGAGAAAAAUAAGGCAAAGUCAUGCUAUUAAAACAAGACAAGAUGGUGCUGCAAUGAUAUCCGCAAUAAAAGAAGAUACAGCAAAUUUACAAAAUAGAUUGAUGCAAAUGGAAAAGAAUAUAAAUAGUCAUUCUUUUACAAUGAACGAUAUACAAAACGAUAUAAGUUUCCUAUUAAGUGAUAUAAAAGAAAUUAGAAACAAGUUUAAAAAGGAAGAGAAAUUAUUUGAAUCCACAAUUGAUUUACAAAAGUUGGAAACAGAAAAGUUGAGCAAACAAGUUGAAAAUUUGGAAGCGGACGUUAAAUCCAUGGAAGAAAAAACAAAACUUUAUUACAAAGAUGAAAGUAAUGUCGCAAUACAGUUAAAACAAGUCAAAGAAACUGUUAAUAGUAUUCCAGACAUUCAAAUUUCUUUGGAUGAUUUGCUACAUCGACUGGAUAGACUCGAGAAUCACACAAAAUUUGUAACAAAUUUUGAAUCCAAACUAAGCGAUAUUCCGAAGCCAAACGAACAACAACAAAAACAACCACAACUCAAAGAACCAGAGCAAAAACAACAACGGGAACAGCAACAAGAACAACAAAAACAACCAAAUCAACAGGAACAGCAACAAGAACAACAACAAGAACAACAACAAGAACAAAAACAAGAACAACAACAAGAACAACAACAAGAACAACAACAACGAGAACAACAACGAGAACAACAACGAGAACCACAACAAGAACAACAACGAGAACAACAACAACGAGAACAACAACAACGAGAACAACAACAACAACGAGAACAAGAUCAACAACAAGAAAAACAACAUCAAGAAAAACAACAACAACAAAUAUAUAAUUUAAGCAAUAAAGUGGAAAUUUUAAGCAACAAAACUGACAACGAAAUUAUACUUAACAACAGAUUGCAAACAAAUAUGGAGUUAAUAAAAAGUGAAUUCGAAACUUCUGUGAAUGAAAUGAAAGAAGAAAUGUCUUCAUUGCACAAAAGCUUAGAAGAUUUGGCUAAACAAUUCGAGACUUUAAAGUUAGAACAUGAUGAUCAGGAUCAGGAUAAUUGGAGACAUUUUAUGAAUAAGGUGGAUAAAACUCAUAACCAUAAGGAAGCAAUACUUAUGAAGAACCAGAAGCAUUUAGAAGAGAGGUUGGAAAAGAUUAUAAAGGAUUUAAAAAAUAAAGAUCUACUUAAAAACACUAACAACGUCAACAAUAAAAUAAGCGAACAAAAAUAUUUGAGGUCUUUAAAGUUAAAAGAAGCAGUCCGAAACCAAAAUGAACGAAAUAAUAUAUCGCAUUUGAGGAAAAAGCAUCAACAUAGAAAAAAAAUCGUUCCUGAAAUAAAUCAAAGUAUUGAGUCUUUUAAAAUUAUUAAAAUUAAUCUACCACCGCAUUUGAGAAAAAUGGGACAUCAUAAUAGCGAGGUCGUUAUUAAGGCCAAGUUAAUUUAAUAUUCUAUGAAAAUUAUAAUAUAAAGAAAGGUUGAUUUUAUAAAAAGUUCCUGAAAAAACAUUUUUUCUUCUAUUGAUUAAAUAACGGGAUU